AAAUGAAGAAAUUGCAAGCCGCCUACUUCCCGCUGUAUUAAAUUGUCAACUACUGGCCUACAAGCAACAGCAUCCAGACUCCAAGUUUGAAACUUUUCUGCAAAUUAAAAAGGCCCAAGAUUUCUGUUUCUGCAAGUAGGAGUAGGCAAUUCUUGGAGGAGAUGGCGACGAGGCAGUGGCCAUGGAUCCAGAGCUCACUGCCUUUCAUAGGCAUGGUUUCAGCUGUUGUAGCUUUAGCCAUAAACAUGAUUAUAAGCAAAAUGGCCAUGUCCAAGGGAAUCAGCUUUUACAUUUUGUCUGUUUACUCUAAUGGCUUCGCCACUCUUAUUCUAUUUCCUACUGCAUUUCUCUUCCAUGGGUCAAAGAGACCCCCUUUAUCAUUCCCUGUUCUCUGGAGGAUUUGCUUGCUUGCUUCUUUUGGAUGUUUUGCAGAGAUUGGUAGUUAUGCUGGCAUAAACUAUAGCUCUCCAACACUUAGUACAGCCAUGUUGAAUCUUGUACCUGCAUUCACAUACAUCCUCGCCAUUAUUUUCAGGAUGGAAGAAGUACAUUUGAGAAAAUUAAGUACCAUUUCUAAGGUUUUCGGGACUUUGGUUUCCAUCUCGGGAGCAUUUAUUGUGACUUUCUAUAAGGGACCAGCUAUCAUCGGUGCUAUAACUUCUGGAUCUUCUACACAACUCCACUUGCCGCAGACACAAAAUUGGGUUCUAGGAGGAUUUUUGCUUGCUUGUGCCUCUUUUAUGACGGCAUCAUGGUGCAUACUACAGGCCUCAAUACUGAAGAUGUAUCGAGCCGAGAUGAUUGUAGUUGCUUUUUACUGCUGUUUCGUGACAAUCCAAUCGUCACUGGUUAGUCUAAUUGCAGAAAGAGAUUUAACUGCUUGGAGAAUUGAGACAAAGAUUGGACUGAUUGCUGUUUUCUAUUCGGCUAUCAUUAACAUAGCAUACAGGCUCUAUGUUACUGCUUGGUGCCUUUGGAGGACAGGUCCGCUCUUUGUUGCCCUGUUUAAGCCUCUAACGAUCGUCAUUGCCGUUGUCAUUGGUGUCAUCUUUAUGAAAGACAUUCUCUACCUAGGAAGUUUGAUCGGAGCAUUGGUGUUGAUUAUUGGUUUCUAUGCCGUGAUGUGGGGAAAGGCUAAAGAAGGUGAGUUAAACAAGGGAACAGAAGCAUCAAGCUAUGAAGCUCCUCUGUUGCAAGAAAACGUCGAAGAACCGUAAAAUUAUUUGUAAUCAUUUGCUGCAAGCAGAAAAUUGAGUCAUACUUGCAAUUCUUGAACUGUAAAGAUGGCAAAAUAGUGUCUGAAGAUGGUGAAGAAUGUAAAAUUACAGGCAGUGAUCGUAGAAAGGUUGUUAUAGGCUAUAAAUGAGAGCAGCCCCUUCUGAAGUGGGAGGCUGCACUGCGUGCAUCCUUUUUGGGGCACUAAUGUCCCAAUUGUACAAGUAAUCAAAGCAUUUGAGGGUACCUUUGUCCCAA